AAACGCUACCAACUAGUAGGUGCGCGGAAAGUGAGUUACACAAGACCUGUGAAGAAAAAAGUAUGGUGAUUGAGCAAGCAAAAGUUUCUGGUGGCGUUUCAAUAAUUGUAGGAGCACAUUUACUACAAUAAUCCAAUUGGCGAGCGAACCGUCACAGCAAGCUGGUCGCAAACGUUUGGCUUGGUGCGUUUUCACCAUUCUAAUUCAACAGACAAACCAUACACGUUCAAAAUUUACAAUCAAUGUUUUGGUACUAUCUCGCCUGUUUCAUUAUAUUGUUUUUGAUAUUUCUUUAUCUCGAUUGCUGUAAACCGAAAAACUUUCCGCCUGGUCCAAAAUGGUACCCGAUCAUUGGCAGUGCACUAGAGAUAACAAGCGGUCGACAGAAAACCGGUAUGUUGUGUAAAGCCAUCAAUUUGAUAGCCUCGCGAUAUAGACAUAAUGGAGCAAUAGGUUUCAAAAUUGGCAAAGACAAGAUCGUGAUGGCGAUUUCUGGCGAUUCGUUGCGCGAAAUGAUGAACAAUGAAGAUUUGGACGGCAGACCAACUGGCGUCUUCUACGAGACAAGAACGUGGGGUCUACGAAGAGGUAUUCUACUAACCGAUGAAGACUUUUGGCAGGAGCAGCGGCGAUUUAUAGUCCGGCACCUAAAAGAAUUUGGAUUCGCUAGAAAAGGAAUGGCGGAAAUCAUUCAAAAUGAGACUGCGAAUAUAUAUCAAGAUUUUCGCGCCAUGAUCGAAGCGGGAAAUGGCAGUGCUCUUGUACAAAUGCAAGGUGUUUUUUCGGUGUAUAUCUUGAAUACUCUAUGGUUGAUGAUGGCCGGAAUUAGAUACACCAAAGACAAUAAAGAUUUAAAAUACCUACAGUCGUUACUACAUGAGUUGUUUGCGAAUAUUGAUAUGAUGGGUGCGCUUUUUAGUCAUUUCCCGUUUAUGCGGUUCUUCGCUCCAAGAUUUUCCGGCUACAAACAGUUUAUUGAAAUUCAUAACCAAAUGCACAAGUUCAUUGGAGACGAAGUUGAAAACCAUAAAAAGACUUUUAAUAUCAAUGACGAACCACGAGAUUUAAUGGAUGUAUACCUAAAAAUUCUGCAAUCGAACGACAUGAACCCGGAAAGUUUCUCGCAAGAUCAGCUUCUGGCCGUUUGCCUUGAUAUGUUUAUUGCCGGCUCCGAAACAACUACCAAAACGCUUGGAUUUGCCUUUCUAUAUCUUAUCAGGCAGCCUGAAACCCAAAAGAAUGUACAAAGAGAAAUCGAUGAAGUCAUUGGUCGAGAUCGCCUUCCUACGCUGGAGGAUAGAGUCAAUAUGCCGUACUGUGAAGCAGUUGUCUACGAAGCUUUACGCAUGUUCAUGUCCAAUACAUUCGGUAUUCCUCAUCGAGCACUGCGUGACACAAAGUUAUGCGGAUACGACAUUCCAAAAGAUACAAUGCUGGUCGGAAUGUUUCGAGGGAUGAUGUUGAAUGAAUGGGAAUACCCACAUUCGUUCGUACCAGAGAGAUUCCUCAAAGAUGGAAAAAUAGUAAUACCUCCACAAUUCCAUCCUUUCGGCGUUGGGCGACAUCGUUGCAUGGGCGAAAUGAUGGGCAAAGCUAACCUUUUCCUAUUUUUAACCACAUUGUUUCAGUCGUUUAGCUUCUUCGUACCGGAAGGUGAACCAAUUCCAACAGACGAUCCUAUCGACGGAGCUACACCUAGUGUGCGGCAGUAUACAGCCUUGGUUAUUCCCAGAUAAUACUCCCAAAAUACUUUACGUAAAAUAUUAA